AUGAAUUUCUUCCUGCUUAUUUUUCUGGUGUUUUUCACGCCUCUAAUACUAUUCCUAGCAUGGCUUGCUUUCUCUUCUUGUCUAGGUAGCCGGUUUCAUUCUCGGUUCGUUAGGUCCGCGAGGCCGGGGCUCGACUCUUACGGGAGGGAUUACCUUCGCACGAUGGUCAAUACUGGCCCCGCCAUGUCCGAGCAAAUCGAGCUGGACAAUAUGCUGGUCGAAUCCGAUCAUGAAGAAUGA